UGAUGAUUGGUUGAAAGUUGAAACAAAGCAAUUAUCACCUUGGCUGCAACGGCAAGUCAAUUUGCCUUAUGUACUAUCACCCUUUUUCACCAUCAUAGAUAAUAAAUAAAUUUGCUAUUCAUUCCAUUGUUUUCUAUGCUCAUCCAGAAGCACACAACACUAAACAAUGUCCACCAGUUUCAGAACUGAAACCAGAACCACUCUCAUCACUCCACUACCACUACUACUACUAUCCUUCUACAUCUCUAUCUGUGUCAUCUUUUGCCACGCAGAUUCAUCAUCAUCAUCACAAGUUGGUUAUGGCUACACCAUCUCAACUGUGAACAAUGAUCCCACUGAAAAUGCUUUGACUGCAAACCUUAACCUUAUCAAAUCCUCCUCUGUUUUCGGCCCUGACAUUCCACACCUCAACAUCGUUGCCAGUUUUGAGACCAAGGACAGGUUAAGAGUAAAAAUCACUGAUUCAAUUCACCAGAGGUGGGAAGUUCCACAACAAGUGAUUCCAAGAGUCUCUUCUCUAACCUACCCUCUUCGCUCCCUCAAGCAAAGUUCAGGUUCAAAUCAUCUUCAAGAUGAAGAAGCAAAACAAUCUCUCACUCUCACACAUCCAAACUCAGACCUCAUCUUCACCCUCCACAACACCACCCCUUUUGGCUUCACUGUCUCACGCAAAUCCUCCAACGAUGUCCUCUUCGACGCCGCGCCGGACCCUUCAAACCCUGCAACGUUUCUCAUCUUCAAGGAGCAAUAUUUGCAGCUAUCAUCUUCACUUCCAGCUCCAAGAGCCUCCCUUUAUGGCCUUGGAGAACACACUAAGAGCUCCUUCAAGUUGCAGCACAAUCAAACCCUCACGCUGUGGAAUGCUGAUAUUGGUAGCUCCAACCUUGACUUGAACCUAUACGGUUCUCACCCGUUUUACUUGGAUGUUAGAUCACCCUCCCCUGAUGGAAGAGUGAAGGCUGGAACCACUCAUGGGGUGUUGCUGCUCAAUAGCAAUGGAAUGGACAUUGUGUAUGGUGGUGAGCGUGUUACUUAUAAAGUUAUUGGUGGGAUUUUCGAUCUGUAUUUUUUCGCCGGAUCGUCUCCGGAAUUGGUGUUGGAACAGUACACUGAAUUCAUUGGCAGGCCUGCUCCCAUGCCUUAUUGGUCCUUUGGUUUUCAUCAGUGCCGAUAUGGCUACAAGAAUGUAUUUGAUGUCAAGGAUGUGGUUGCCAACUAUGCAAAAGCAGGUAUACCCCUUGAAGUUAUAUGGACAGAUAUUGAUUACAUGGAUGCAUAUAAAGAUUUCACAGUUGACCCUAUCAACUUUCCACUGGCUGAGAUGAGAGGAUUUGUUAAUACUCUUCACCAAAAGGGUCAAAAAUAUGUCCUUAUCUUGGAUCCUGGUAUCAAUGUGAAUGAAACAUAUGCAACCUAUGUUAGAGGUUUGCAGGCUGAUGUCUACAUAAAGAGAAAUGGAGUCAACUAUCUUGCUGAAGUUUGGCCUGGACCAGUCUACUAUCCUGAUUUUCUAAAUCCUCGCAGCCAAGUGUUUUGGGGUGGAGAAAUCAAACUAUUUCGGGACCUUCUCCCUUUCGACGGUCUUUGGCUUGACAUGAAUGAGUUAUCUAAUUUUAACACUUCUCCUCCCAUUCCAUCUUCUAGUCUCGAUAACCCUCCCUACAAAAUUAACAAUUCUGGAGUUCAACGACCCAUUAAUAACAAAACAGUCCCAGCAACAUCUUUACACUUUGGUAAUAUCACUGAGUAUGAUGCACACAAUUUGUAUGGACUGCUAGAAGCCAAAGUAACUAACAAGGCUUUGGUGGACAUAACUGGUAUAAGGCCAUUCAUUCUAAGUAGAUCAACUUUUGUAAGCUCCGGUAAGUACACAGCCCACUGGACAGGAGAUAAUGCUGCUACAUGGAAUGAUUUAGCAUACUCAAUCCCAUCAAUAUUGAAUUCUGGUAUCUUUGGAAUUCCAAUGGUUGGAGCUGAUAUAUGUGGCUUCACAGGAGAUACAACUGAAGAACUUUGCCGGCGCUGGAUCCAGCUGGGGGCCUUUUACCCCUUUGCGAGAGAUCAUUCAGACAAAAAUUCCAUUAGGCAAGAGCUUUACCUUUGGAGUUCGGUUGCUGCAUCAGCUAGGAAAGUGCUUGGCCUCCGUUAUCGUCUUCUCCCUUAUUUCUACACACUAAUGUAUGAAGCAAAUACAAUAGGGACACCAAUUGCACGGCCCCUUUUCUUUUCUUUCCCUGAGGAUGUCAAAACAUAUGACAUAAACUCACAGUUUCUAGUAGGUAAAGGGGUUUUGGUAUCCCCUGUACUAAAACCUGGGGCAGUCACAGUUGAUGCAUACUUUCCUGCAGGAAGCUGGUUUGACCUCUUCAAUUUCUCAAAUUCAGUGAAUGUAGAAUCAGGCAAGCAUGUCACUCUUGAUUCACCAUCAGAUCAUAUAAAUGUGCAUGUUGGGGAAGGUAAUAUUUUGGCCUUGCAAGGAGAAGCAAUGACAACUGAAGCUGCCCGGAAGACUGCAUUUCAACUUGUGGUGGUUGUCAGUAGCAGCAAAGAUAGUUAUGGACAAGUCUAUUUGGAUGAUGGGGAGGCACUUGACAUGGCAGGAGGGAAAGGGCAAUGGACACUUGUAAGAUUUUAUAGCGCAUUACAGAACAAUACCGUUUUUGUUUCAUCUGAGGUUACUAAUGGAAGAUUUGCUUUGGACCAAGGGUGGAUCAUAGAUAAGGUUACUUUCUUAGGGAUACCUAAGAAUAGGAGAUUUGGUAGGAUGGAUUUGGCUGUGAAUGGAACAGAUUCAAUGAGGAAGACAGCUGUGAAGACACAGAUUUAUACAUCAUCUGAGUUUGUUAUUGUAGAAGCUUCAAAAUUGUCCCAGCUUAUUGGAGAGCAAUUUAAGCUGGAGAUUCAAAUCAGGUAGAAGGGAACUUUGGGAAAACAAAUUCCUACUGAGAAUGUGCUUUCUUUGUAGCUGCAAUUGUUUGAAGAGUCCCUUCUUUUACCUCAGUUAAGGUUAAUAUUAGGGAUGACAUUUUCCUAAGUCUAAGCUCCUGCCUGACAUGAAAUGUCAUCUUUUGUAUCAAAAAUAAAUAUUCAUUUCAAAAAUAAAUAAAUAUUACAACCACUUUA